CGAUUCUUUGCUGACUCAAACGUCAAGAGGAACCGAGUGUCAUGGCGGCUCAGGUGGAGGCUGUAGUUGGAGCUCAGUGGUUGGCUGAGGCGGUCAGAAACAAGCUCGUGGGUCCGAGUCUGCGGGUUCUGGACGCCUCAUGGUACCUCCCGCAACUCAAACGGAACGCGCGUGAGGAGUUCGCGCAGCGUCACAUCCCGGGCGCGUCGUUCUUCGAUAUCGAUGAGUGCUGCGACACCUCGUCCCCGUUCGAUCACAUGCUGCCCGCGGAGCGCGACUUCUCCGAGUACGUGGGGAAUCUGGGAAUCGGGAACGACACGCACGUGGUCGUGUACGACUGCAGCGACCUGGGCUCGUUCGCGGCGCCGCGCGUGUGGUGGAUGUUCCGCUUGUUCGGCCACCGCUCCGUGUCCGUGCUGGACGGCGGGAUGAAGAACUGGCUGUGUGAGCGGCACCCGGUCACUGACCUGCCGUCCGCACCGGAGCGCGCGCGCUUCACAGCCCACAAGAACGCGGCGUGGGUGAAGACGUACGAGGACGUCCUGCAGAACCUCACCGACCGGAAGUUCCAGCUGGUCGAUGGGAGAGUGGAGGGCCGCUUCCGGGGACUCGAACCCGAACCGCGCGAAGGUACGGAACCUGGCCACAUCCCCGGCAGCAUCAACAUGCCCUUUCCUUCCUUCAUGGAGUCCUCAGGACUGGAGCGUCCGGUGGAGGAGUUGAUGGCGAUGUUCCGGGAUGCAGGCGUCGACCUUCAGAAACCCUUCUGGAUAACAUGCGGUUCGGGUGUCACAGCGUGCCACAUUGCACUCGCAGCGCACCUGUGCGGACACCCAGGUGUGUGCCUGUACGACGGCUCGUGGUCCGAGUGGUUCGCCAGGGCGGCGCCGGAGCACAUCAUCUCUGAGGGAAAAGGCAAACCGCGAGAGACAAAACAGUGAAGAUUUCAGCUUGGGUUGCACGGAUAUGAUGAAAGUGCACAGUGCCUUGUGUAUUGCUUUAACUAAUUAGCUCUUUGCUUCAUCAUGUUUUAAUUCACAUUAAUGACAGGAAGUGAAGUCGUAUAUAGAAGAAUCUAGAUGAAGGACCCUUCAUAGGUCACAAACUGAGCACACUACGUACUGAAUUGUUUAAAAUACUACACUUGAGGAAACUGUAGCUUUGCUAAUCUGCUAAGAAUCUGUUGUUUUUGGUGUUAAUAAAAUUUACCUUAAAUGAGAUUAUUUUCUUAGUAUCAUUUGAUUAAUAUAAGAAAUUGUAAUAAUAAAGCAAAUAAAGAGGAAAAUUACAUGUU